GGACCACCGAUUCGCGCAGGCCUCAACCCCGCCCACCCGCAUCCAUCCUCCGGGUCAGGUUGGCCAUCGGACCCAGUCCUCGCAGCCGGUGCUUUCACCUGGACGCUGUUCCGUGAGACUCGGCGGCGGGAACGGAAGCGACCCCCCCACACACACACACACAGACAUUUACCGGCCGGUCCCGGGAUGGCCCCCAAACUUUCAGACUCUGUGGAGGGUCUCCGCGCCGCCGGCAACCAAAGCUUCCGCAACGGCCAGUUCGCCGAGGCCGCCACGCUCUACAGCCGCGCGCUGCGAGUGAUGCAGGCGCAAGGUUCUUCAGACCCUGAAGAAGAAAGCGUUCUGUAUUCCAACCGAGCAGCCUGCCACUUGAAGGAUGGAAACUGCACAGACUGCAUCAAAGACUGCACUUCAGCUCUGGCCUUGGUUCCUUUCGGCAUAAAGCCCUUGCUGCGACGAGCAUCUGCCUACGAGGCCCUGGAGAAGUAUCCCCAGGCCUAUGUCGACUACAAGACCGUGCUGCAGGUCGAUGGCAGUGUGACUUCAGCCUUGGAAGGCAUCAACAGAAUGACCAGAGCUCUGAUGGACUCACUUGGGCCCGAGUGGCGCCUGAAGCUGCCCUCCAUCCCCUUGGUACCUGUUUCAGCUCAGAAGAGGUGGAAUUCCUUGCCUCCGGAAAACCACAAAGAGACAGCGAAAAGCAAAUCUAAAGAAACCACAGCUGCAAAGGGCAGAGCACCUUCUGCUGGGGAUGUGGAGAGAGCCAGAGUUCUGAAGGAAGAAGGCAAUGAGCUUGUAAAGAAGGGAAACCAUAAGAAAGCUAUUGAGAAGUACAGUGAAAGCCUGUCGUUUAGUAACCUGGAAUCUGCCACGUACAGCAACAGAGCGCUCUGCUAUUUGGUCCUGAAGCAGUACAAGGAAGCGGUGAAGGAUUGCACAGAAGCCCUCAAGCUGGAUGGAAAGAAUGUGAAGGCAUUUUACAGACGGGCUCAAGCCUACAAGGCACUCAAGGACUAUAAAUCCAGCUUUGCGGACAUCAACAGCCUCCUGCAAAUUGAGCCCAGGAACGGCCCUGCACAGAAGUUGCAGCAGGAAGUUAACCAGAACUUAAACUAAAAACCCCAAAGGGCCACAGGAAACCUGUCCAACGACCUUCCUCUGCCUGCUCCUGGCACCCAGAAUGCCCCAGACGGGGCUCUGAGGCACCCACCUCUGCCCCUCAGAGGUGACGGCCUUCCACCCCUUAAGUGGCUUUGUUUGUUCAGAUGAAGCUCAGUGUAGCCAAAAACCAGACACUGUUUUGCUGGAAAGGUUCCCUGCUAGAGCUGAAGCCCUGUUCUCCAUUCCCUCUGCCUCGGACAGCUAGCGGAUUGCACCAAUGAGUCCUUGUCAGCAGAGCGCUCGGCUGGCUGUCCCUGCCCCAGACUGCAUGCUGCCCUUCGAGCUUCACCAGACCCGCCUGUCUGUGGUUCACUGAGCAAACUGAGCUGGGAGUGGGGAGAGGGGGGCCACAGGACUAGAAAACCCUGGCCCACCUCCACCCAAAGCCGCCUGUUGAGCUGGCUCUCAGGGCUGCUGUCCCUGCCCUGUCCUUGGCAUAGUCCUGUGCGUUCUGAGCUCCAGCCCUUUUGGCCGGGCCGCACUUUGGCGAGGGUGCAGAACCCUGACCCGUGGAUGGCUUUGUCUGUGGCUGUGCUGCCUCCUGACUGGAGGUAGGUGCCUAAGCUGUUUCGAGAGCCCAGAGGUGUGUCCGCUCCUCUUGAAGGUGGGGUGGGGAGAAAGGUCUCCUUGAAGUCGGUCCUUCCAUUCUGGGCAGGGGCUUGCCUUUUGACCCCAGCAGUGGUCCCCUCUGGACUUCGUAGCUCUUUGUUAUAUGAAGUUAAUUUGAAUUGAACUGACUCCAGUUUGGUUGAGCUGUGUUUAAGUGAUUGUAUUAAACGUCUUUCUUCUAUA